AUGAAGGGUGGUUUCGCAGGCUUAAGAACGAGCUCGGUUUUCGUUUUUGCAUGCCUUGUAGCAGCGCUCGUGCCGGCAUGUUCGUCGAUCGGACCGAACCCUAGCAUCUCGUCUCUUUCCGCGUCUCGCGGCAUCGCCUCGCCGUCGCAUGCGGCGCCCAAGGCGGGUCCGCAAAUCAGCAGCCUGCUGCUGCUCCUGCCGCCCCGCGCGCGCAAUCCCGUCAGAUUCCAUCUCCUCGGAUCCAACGGCUGCUUCUCUUGGGCAUGGGACCACCACGACCUGCUGCACGUGCAGCCUCUCUUCAACACAACCGAUGAUGACGCUGAUUCGCCCGCAGCAGCAGCAGCAGGAGCGGCAGGAGGGCAAGCGUGGGGGUCCCAUGGCAGCAGCGGCAGCGGCAGUGGGGCGCGCGGGGGGUGCUCCACGAGCGCGCUGAUCUCGUCCAUCGCGCCGUACUCGGGCGCGCCGCGCACCACGGCCGUCAUCGCCACGGACCUGCUCUCUGGGGCCGUGCUGCGCUGCGAGGUGCGCUCUGCACGUGUGGGCGGGUGGGGGUGGGGCCCGUUGGGCGGAUGGGUGGAUGGGUGGUUGGGUGGGCGGUUGGGUGCGGGUGGACGUGGUGCAGAGGGUGGCCAUAUUCCACCGCAGUCUCAAGAUGGGCCUCUCCUCACUCGCGGACCUCGAGCAAGAGCUUGCGCCGUCCCUCGUAACCUGUCGCUCUACCUCCGCUCUGCCUCCAUCCCCCCUCCUUACCUCGUGCAUCGUGUCCCAACCAACCCCCGUUUUGUCCCCACCCUGCGUUCCCCCUCCCAACCCCCACCAGGCGACGUGUUCUCGUCAGUGGCUGGGCUCGCCUUCCGCUGGACCCUCACGCCCCUCGGCUCUCCCCUCCCCGCCCACCGCCAACCUGCGGCCACCACGGCGCCACUUGGCAAGCAGGCAUUGGAGCACCGCCUGCAGCACGUGCCCCUGGAGGAGGCGGCGCUGCUUCUGGCGGGCGGCGAGGAGGGUCGCGAUGCUGCCCGGGACGACCUGGGGGUGGGUGGAUGGGUGCUGGGCUGGGCUGGGGGGACGAGGAGUGGGAAGAACGGGCUUUGUCAGGCACCCAAGCAGGUGGAGCGAUCAGACGUGUACGUGGUGAGGGGCGUGGCACCGGGGCAGGAGAGGGUCGCCGUGCAGCUCAUGGAUGCUGACGUCACCGCCGCCGCCGCAGCAGAAGCAGCAGCAGCAGGGGGAGCGGCAGCGCUGCCAUCGGACGCCAUAACGCUGACGGUGGCGCAGGCCUUUUCCCUGCAGCCGCCCUCCCCCGUGCUGCUGCUGCCCGGCGCCCGCCUGCCCUUCCGUCUCCUCACCUUCACCCACAAUGCUCUCCACCGUACGUGCCCUCCCCCUUCCCACCCUUCCCCCCAUCCCUUGCUCACCUUCCUCUCCCUCUCCCGCCCACCCUCCUCUCUCCCUCUUGCCCACGGCCUGUUUCCUUCUGCUGCUCCUCUCCUUACUUUCAAUCACCCAAUUUUCCUGCCUCUCAUGUUUCAAUUUCCCCUUUCCUCCCUACCAGCGGUGCAACUGCCCUCCCCCAGCUACGCGUGGGCGACAGGCAACACGUCAGUGGCGUCAGUGCACCCAGCCCAGGGGGUGCUGACCGCGCUCGCCCAGGGCGCCACCACUCUCACCGCCACCGACGUGCGCUUGGUGGACCACCACCAGGCCGCGUCCAUCCACGUCGUGCCACCUGGCGAUGUCAAGAUCUUCCUCGCACCCCUGGCGCCUCUCCCAGCGGGGAACGGGGGCACCGGUGGGGACGGCGAGGGGGAGGUGUGUUCUGGAGCAGGUGCAGCUGGGGGAGGGGGUCUGCCGGGGGCUGUAGCGUGCAGGGCUGUGGCGGACCCUGUGGCCAGUGGGGGAGACACGUGGCACCUUGUGGUUGGGCGGGAAUAUGCCCUGUGGGUGCAGGUGUUUGCCCAUGGCUUGCCCAGCCGGCCCGUGCUGCUCACAGAGGCGGACACGCUGCUACUGCGCUUUGACCACCCACCACUCUGGACCGUUGUGAACGAUGCUGUGCCUGCCUCUCUACCUGCACAGGCGCCUGCUGCUGUGGAGGGGGGAGGGGGUGGUGGAGAGGAGAGGAGUCGCGUGGUUGUGGUGCAAGGAGGGCAGCAGGGGCAGGGCGAGGUGCAGGCUGAGCUGCGGUACCGAGUGGUGCAGAGCGGUGGGAAGGGGCGGGAGGAGAAGGUGGUGGCGGCGCAGGCGAUUCGUGUGUGCGACCCCGUGCUCGUGCACCUGCCCUCUCCCACGCCCACUGCCUCUGCCUCUUCAUCUUCUUCCUCGUCUCCUCCCCCUGUGCACCCAGUGCACGUGGUGCACCUGCCGUGGGUGCCGCAGCUUGACUCGGCACCGCCACCCCAGCGGCAGCACCUGCUGCUGCUGGCGUGGGGAGGCUGUGGCGAGCGUGCUGCUGACUACGUGUGGACCAGCUCUGACUCCGCCGUCGUCCACGUGGCGCCCUCUGGUUGGCUGACGGUGGCCGGGCCGGGAGUUGCAGUGGUGCGAGUGGCAGCAGCCAUGGACGGAAACAACUUCCACCAGGUGGAGGUGCGGGUGAGUGAGCCACGUGUCAUGCAGGCAGUGGGCGAGGAGGAGGGCAGCGCGCUGCACCUGAAUGUGCGCGCUGAGGCGCUUGUGGGUGACUCGCUGCUGCUCGCUACCCGCCUCCUCUCCUCCUCAGGAGAGCUGUACACCAACUGCACCGCUGUGAACCCAUUCGUGCAGUGGCAUCUGCAAGCGCUACUCCCUGCCACCCCCCCUUCCUUCACCCUCACUUCACCACCCAUCGUCGCCUUGAUACCACCAUCCGCCCUCUCGUCCAUCUGCGUGUGGACCUCCCUGUCGGCCAUCGCACCCGGUCGCACACAAGCAACAGCCCUCCUGCCCCUGCCGCCACACACAAAACCUGCUGAUGCUGACGCCCCUGACAGUGCAGAAGAGAACGCAGUGGGGGGCGCAGAGGGCGGGGGGCAGGGCGUGCAGGGAGAGUGGGCAGUGGCGGGGUAUGAGGCGAUGCGAGUGGUGCAGGCGGGGGAUGGGUGGCGCCAGGGCGGCUAUGGGCUGCCCUCCCCCCUUGCUGCCAGUGCUGCACCUGCUGUGUCUGGACGGCAGGGAGACGUGCCUGCUGCAGCAGGCACGGAUGCCCUGCCAUCAGCAGCAUCAGCGCCAGCAGCAGCAGCAGCGGUGGGCAUUGGAGCAGGGCUGUCAGUGCCGGCUCUCCUGCUGGCGCCAGGGGCGUCCAUGACCCUCGCCCUCUCAGGCGGGCCCGACAGGUGGAUCCCAGGCAGGCAGUUCCUGGAGCAGGUGCAUGUGACGGUGUUGGGGGGGGAGAAAGGACUGCUGGUGGGAGGAGAGGCGGAGGAGAAAGGAGGAGAGGGGCGGAGGGAGGGGGAGAAGGGAGGGGCGGUGGAGGUGGAGCAGGUGGGGGGGCGGGGUGGCAGGGGGUACGUGGUGCGCUGUGCUGGUGACGUGGCGUCCAACGACAGCUACGUGGUGACCUUCACAAGAGGCCACCAGCCAUCCUCCCACGCCUCGCCGGCGACGCUCCCCUCAACGUCCAUCGUGCUGCACUGCGCGCUGCCUGCUGCUGCCGCCAUCCUGCUCGAUGACUCCGCCCGCCUCCCUGCAGCCAUAGCAGCAUCAGCAGCCUCAUGCCAUCCACCAACGGGAGAAUGCCACGUGGCACCAAUCACCCUUGUGACACAUCAGCACGUGCGGCUGGUCGCCGCAGCACUCUCCUCCUCCAUUGCACCCUAUGCCAACGCGUCCAGCCAGUGGCUACACGCCACGUGGCAGCUGGAGUGGUGUGAUGACAUGGCAUGGUGGGGUGCGGACGAGCCCGACAGUGGGGGGGGUGGUUCAGGGGAGGAGUGGAGCAGAUGGGUGCACACAGGCGACAACGGAGGCGAGUGUCGGGUGCAUGUGGAUGUGACAGCACCACACGCCUUGGAGGGCUGGCUGCACAUGAAGCGAGAGGGGCAGGGCGCCCACACGGACGCCUUCCAUCUGCGCGCCUCCGCCCUCCUGCAGGUGGUGAAGGCGCUCAGGUUGGAGCCACAGGCGGUGCUGCUGGUCAACCACCCCCACGCCCAUGCGGAUGUGACAGUAACAGGGGGCACCUCCGAGCUUCAGUUUUCCAUCUCCGACCAAUCAGUGGCUGCCAUUCUGCCACGUGGCACUGCAGCAGCAGUCCAGCUGGCAGCACGUGCGCGAGGCGAUGCCACGUUGACAGCAGUGGACGCUGGCCUCUCCCAUCCGCUCUCUGCCAACGCCUCGGUGUCAGUGGCUGACGUGGCAUGGGUGCGCCUGCACCCCGAGGGCGCACAGCCGUCCACGUCAGCAGGGGCGGGCGAGUGGUGGGUGCAGGUGGGGGCAGCAGCGAGCAUCACAGUGACUGUGGGGGACGACCGCGGCCGCCUCUUCCCCGCCUCACAGUUCGAGUGGAUGGGGUUGGAGGCGCAUGGCAUGGCGGGCGUGGUCGCCCUACACCUGCCCUGCUCGCUCUCCCCCCCUGCUGGGGAUGACGUGGCGUGCUCUGAUUCGCUGGAGCUCACAGGGACUGCUGUGGGAGUCACCACUGCCUUCCAGGUCCUCGCUUCCCCUGUCCCCUUCUUCAACCCCUGUUUCCACUCUGCUGUUUCCAGUGUCCCCUCGCCCCCCAACCCCAGCGUUUCUUCUCUAUCCACACAUUUCUUCCCCAUGCAUCCACUGCAACUGCUGUCAUGGACUUCUCUGUUCACUCUGCAAGCCACAGGAGGUCCCUCCUCCCCAACCACCACCAUCGCAUUCGCCUCCUCCAAUGCUGACGUGGCGCACGUUGAUUCGUCGUCUGGCCUCGUCACGUCUCGAGCGCCUGGCACAACUGUCAUCCGAGCCAUGGCGCUAGGCUCGGCAGGGCAGGUGUUGAGUGUUGCCGAGUCUCGGGUGGAGGUUCGGGUGAUGGAGGCGGUGGGUCUGAGUGUGGGCAACGGGCAGCUGGCAGUGGGGGAGGACAUGGCCGUGUUUCCCACCGGGGUGCAUGAGGGAGAGGAUCUGCUCUCGUUCGCACGGGUGUGCCACGGCUACCAGUGGAGCGUCAGCCACAACCAGCUGCUGCACCUACAAACGGCGCCAUCGCUCGGCACACAGGUGCCUGGCAGCACCACGGGGGCGGGCAGCAGCAGCAACCGCGGGAGUGACAGUGCCGCCGACAGUGGCAGUGCAAUGGUGGACAUCGGCUUCUCAGCGCGCAUCACUGCCAGGGCGCCUGGCACUGCCACGAUCUCUCUCACCUUCACCUGCUCCUUCCCCACCUCCUCCAAGCCCUCAGCUGCCCCCCUCCGCCGCUCCUACUCCGCUUCAGCCUCCAUCUCCAUCAUCCCCACGCCCCCUCUCGCGCUUGGCAUCCCUGCCACGUGGCUGCUGCCCAUUGGCUACACCUCCUCCCCUCUGCUCCCGCCCUCUCUCGCUUUCACCACCCCGGGAGGCGCGGCGAAUGCUGCCGCUGCACGCUACUCCUACUCCCUGUUGCACGACCAGUCACCCCUGGGCAGCGCGCACCUGUCGCUGGCAGCAGGGGGGCGCAUCGCAACGGGCGAGCGGGCAGCGCUGGGGUGCAUUGCCGUGGCCGACUCUGCCAGCGGCCGCCACGACAUCGCUGCCUGCGUGCGCACCGCCCAGGCAGCACAGCUGACGGUGGGCGACAACGACUUCCCCUUCCAUGCGGCUGAGCUCUCUGUGCCUGCCCACCAGCUCUUUUCUGUUCACCUCCGUGACAGCCUCGGAGUGCCCUUCCUGGAAGCUUCCGAUGCGCGGGUGGAGGUGGAUGUGGACAGGCCUGACGUGGUGUCAGUGGCGGUGGUGCCCAGCCUACCAGGGCCUGACACGUGGCAGCCAGCCAACAUGACAGUGGUGGUGAAGGCGGUGCAGCAGGGCACAGCAGUGGUGCGCGUGCGGGUGCAGCCAGGGGCAGGGCGAGGGACACGUGGCAACCUGCCAUUGGUGGACUUCAUCACUGUGCAAGUGGGCGCAUACGUGUUCCCUCGGGAUCCCCUUGUCCCUCUGGGUGCCUCGCUCAACUUCUCCCUCUCACACCGCCACCACCAGCAAGCCAUGGGGGGCAGCAGGAGAGGCAGGUGGGAGAGUGGCAACAGCAGUGUGGUGGCAGUGGAUGGCAGCACAGGGGAGGCAAGGGCCGUGGGGGAGGGCUCCACUGUCGUGAGCUUCAACGCGUCGCGCCUGACGUCAUACACGCGGGUCACAGUGCUGCCAGUGGCGUCGCUGCUCGUCUCCCCGCCGCCCUCCACGCCUCUCCUCUCCAACGCGCCUCCCCUCGCUGCGGCCGCCCGCCCCUUCCACUUCCCAGUCCAGUUCAGGGACUCUCGAGGCCAGCCCAUGGGACGACCCGUGGAGUCGCCAGACGUGCCCUUCUCAUGCCAUGUGGCCCCCAGCAUGCUCGGCACGGCCGUGCCUCGCUUUGACACCGCUUUAAACUCCUACAUCUGCUCCUUCACCCCCGCCUCUCCCGCCCGCAUCUUCUCUCUCACUCAAUCCUCCUCCUCCUCGUCAUCGUCAGCACCAGCAGCAUCAGCAGGGGGGGCGAAGUUGGGAGGAGUGAGCAGAGACAGGGCGGGCAGUGAGGGAGGGGGGGUGGUGGUGGCGGUGGCGGCAGUGGUGGAGGCAGGGGCAGCGCCGGGUGCCCGCCCGGCUGUGAGAGGCCAGGCUACUCUGCCAUUUGUGGGGGGCUUUGAUGUGCUGGGCGCAGGCGAGAUCUCUUUGUCUCUCGCCGCCAACGCCACCACCAUUCGCGUCGUUGGAAACACAAGCUCGGUGCAAGUGACAUGGAGGCAAAGAGCGUCGCUGGUGGUUCGGAGGAUAGGCUCGGCGUCAGGGCAGGGUGUGAAGGGAGGCAGGCAGAGCACCCGUGCUGCUCGCAUCACCUCACCUGCCCCAGAAGGGCUUGCAGCCUUGGCAGAUGAGACAGUUUUUGCCGUCCAGGUUGUGCUAGGGGACCAUGCUGACCACGCGCGGGCAUCCUUCGAAGAUGACAUCGUGUUCACUCACCUCGGCACAGGCCAAAGGGAGACGGUGCACGUGACCUUCAAUGCAGCUGCUACACCCUCCACCCUCGUUCCCCUCAACCUGCUGUGGCUCGCAGCACUCACCGCCCUCGUCGCCUCCGCCAUUCUCCUACUCCUGCACCUCGUCAGCCCCGCCCAACCCUACAUCCCCCACCCACAGCCCCCACCCUCACCUCUCCCCACGCCGUCCCCUCAGCGCCCCAGGUCUGCGUUCCACACGCCAGGGUCCAGUGCUUUCUCCCCAGUGUCGCCUUACAGCCAGAUGGGGUCCCCGAGAUCCGACGACUCUCCACGUGAAGCAGCGCCUGAGAUUCGAAGGAAUCAGUCGCUCGACGGCUCUAAGAAACGCAAGAUCGAGUCCGCGCUCGUUGAGUCCGAAUCGCGCUCCCUGAAGCAGACGAGAUUUGCCCAAGUUGACUCUUUUUCUCCAUCCGCCUCCUGCCCAAUCUUCGACUUCCACACGGGCAAGCUCGAGAAAUCUUUCACGUUGGAGUCAGCGACGCUUGGCGCGGGGCAGUUCGGCGUUGUGAGGCGGUGCGUCGAGAAUGCAACAAAUCAGGCCUUCGCGUGCAAAACGAUCAAUAAAGACCGCUUGUUGACGUCAGCGGCGAGGGACGAAGUGCGACGCGAGGUGGCGGCGAUGCGGAGCGUGGCGGGGCAUGCGGGCGUGGUGCAGCUGCGCGCGGUGUUCGAAGACGAGCGACAGGUUCACCUCGUCAUGGACCUAAUUUCGCGAUGCACCGCCAAGCUCGCCGAUUUCGGAUUUGCAAUCCCCAUUCCCCCCGGGCAUCGCGCGUGUGGCGUCGCGGGGUCGCCGUUCUACAUGGCGCCGGAAGUACUGACAGGGGAGUACGGGGUGGAGGCGGACGUGUGGUCGCUGGGCGUGGUGCUGUACGUGCUGCUGAGCGGCAGCCCGCCGUUUUGGGGCGCGGACGACAACGGCGUGUUCCGCGCCGUGCUGGAGGCGCCGCUGGACCUGACGAGCGGCGCGUGGGCGGGGGUGUCGGCGGAGGCUAAGGGGCUGCUCCGCUGCAUGCUGCACCGCGACCCGCGCCGACGCCCCUCCGCCGCAAAGCUGCUCUCCCACCCCUGGAUCCUCGUCCAUGCCUUCGGCGGCCGCGUCGUGCGCCGCGUCCUCGCCGCGCCCGCGCUCCAGCAGAUCCGCAUGGCGGGAGGCGCUGCUGCUGUUCCUCUCUCCGCCUAG